CAUGGAGGCGGAGUGAGUUCUGAGAGUUGGUCCCAGGACCAGGGGAACGGCGCGAGCGGCCAAAGAAGCUUGCAUUUCUUUGAUUCCACCUGAACCGUCCUCCUUACAAUUGAAGGAGGCAAGUCACGCUCAGAAGCAACAAGCAGAGAGCAAAAUCCAGAUAAAGGUGUGUGAUGCUCAUCCAGGCAGCCCCAAGCCCCCUGAUGAGGACCAGGGACAGUGGUGACUACACCAUGAACUCCGGGUCCUGCCUGAGUACCAGCACCAUGGCCAUCCCCACCAUCACUGGCAGCAGCGCGGCCCUGAGUGCCUGCGGUAGCAGCAACACCAGUGCCCACCCUGCCAGCUUCACGGGCACCCAAAUAUGCUUCCCAAAGAGGCAAGACAAAGUGAAGAAGAGGGUCAUCUGGGGCAUCGAGGUGGCUGAGGAGCUGCAAUGGAAAGGCUGGGCACUGGGGAAGGAGGUCACCAAGAACCUGACUCUGAAAAAUAUAUCCUUGAAAAUCCAGAAGAUGAAGUACAGGUCUCCCAAGACCAAGUUCUUCUUCACAGUCAUCCCCCAGCCCAUCUUGCUAAGCCCGGGCAUAACCUUCACGCUCCCCAUUAUUUUUCGGCCUCUGGAGGAGAAGGAGUAUGUGGACCAGCUGUGGUUUGAGAAAGCAGAGGGGAUGUUCUGUGUGGACCUGAGGGCCACCCUUCCUUGCCACAGUCUGACCUGCCCACGAUCCCUGCAGUUGCCCACGUGUGCCGUGGGGGACGUGACUGAGGCCUGGUUCUGCCUGGAAAAUGUGGGGGACUUGCCCACCUUCUUCACCUGGGAGUUCCCCAGCCCGUUCCAGAUACUGCCCACCACGGGGCUGCUGGAGCCAGGCCAGGCCUCUUGCAUCAAGGUGACCUUUCAUCCCCUUAUGGCCACCAUCUAUGAAGUUCAGGCCACAUGCUGGUAUGGAGAAGGCAGCAAGCAGAAAAGAAGCAUGCAGCUGCAGGCCGUGGCCAAAUGUGCCCAGCUGCUGGUGAGCAUAAAGCAGAAGCGACCAGAGGACCAGGAUGCUGAAGGUUUCCAGAAAGUGUUGCACUUCGGCUCUGUUGCUGUGGGCUGCACUGCUGAGAGACAGAUCAAGCUCUAUAACCCUUCCAUGGUGAGCGCCCCCUUCAGGAUCGAAGUGGCCCCAGACAUGCUGGCCAAAGAUCACACCUUCUCCUGCCCCACUACCAAUGGCAUUGUGCCUCCAGGAGAGAAGAAAUUCGUGUCGGUGUUCUUUCACCCCGAGACCUUGGACAUCAGAACUAUUGACUACUUGUCCAUCAUGCCCUCUGGCUGUGCCUCCCACACAUUGCUCAAAGUCGUCGGUUUCUGUAGAGGCCCUGAGGUGUCCCUGCAGCACUGCUGCGUCAACUUCGGUUGGGUCAACCUCGGGGAGACCUUGGAGCAGACCCUGUGGAUCGAGAACAAGUCAGACUGCACAGCCUACUUCCAGUUUGCCAUUGACUGCCAAGAGAGUGUCUUCGACAUCAGACCUGCCUUUGGGACCCUGGUGGGCAAGGCCCGCAUGACCUUGCACUGUACCUUCCAGCCCACUCACCCCACCAUCUACUCUCGGCGAGUGGCCUGUCUCAUCCACCACCAGGACCCACUGUUCCUGGACCUGAUUGGGACCUGCCACUCGGACAGCACCAAGCCAGCCAUCCUGAGACCUCAGCACCUUGCUUGGUACCGCACACACCUGGCGCGGGGCCUGACGCUCUACCCUCCGGACAUCCUGGGCACCAUGCUGAGGGAGAAGAAGCUGGAGCAGGAUAAGAAUGGGGCCCUCCUGAUUCCUACUGAGGCCCCGGAGAACGUGUCAGCCCCACAGUAUCCUCUGAUCUCCCCCAUGAAUGAGUACUUCUUCGAUGGUACCAGCGACAUAGCCAUCUUCCCUCCACCUGUCAGCAUAGAGCCCACUGAUGUGGAUUUCGGUGCCUGCCCUGGGCCCGGGGACCCCAACCCUGUCCCCCUGUGCCUGAUGAACCACACCAAAGGCAAGAUCACAGUGGUCUGGACACGGAGGCCUGACUGCCCCUUCUGGGUGACCCCAGACACCUGUGAUGUGCCCCCACUCAAGUCCAUGGCCAUGCGCCUGCACUUCCAUCCACCUUACCCUAACUGCCUGUACGCUGUGGAGCUGGAGGCCUUCACUGUCUAUAAGGUCCUCCAGAACUACCAUAACAUCGAGGAGGACUGUACCGUGUGCCCCUCCUGGUGCCUGACCCUCCGCACACGAGGCCAUAGCUAUUUUGCUGCCUUGGAGCCCCACAUCCCUCAAUAUUCUCUGGACGCCCCCAAGCUCUUUCCUGCAGUGUCCCCCAGCGAACCCUCCUACCGCAGCCUGCUCUUGAUCAACAAAGGCUCCAUGCUGUUGACCUUCAACCUGGCCCCCCAAAGCAGCUCAGACAUCUCCUUGCGGCCCAGUUCAGGCCUUGUGGCCCCGGGAGCCCACCAGAUCUUCCUCAUCUGUACCUACCCGAAGGGCAACGCUUGGAAGCAGCACAUUUUCUACUUGCAGUUCAAUUUUUGUCCCCAGUAUCUCAAGGAGGUAAGCAUGCAGAGCCGGGAGGAGCCCCUACAUCUGAAGCUGGACACCUGUAAGAGCGUGUUCUUCAAGCCCACCUGGGUGGGCUCCUCCUCCAGCAGCCUCUUCACCUUCCGCAACCCCUCGCGUCUGCCACUGGAGUUUGAAUGGAGGGUUUCCCAGCAACACCGGAAGAUGCUGGCCGUCAAUCCCGCUAGGGGACUUAUCCAGCCCAGUGAGAGCCUUACGGUGACGUGGACAUUCAGCCCACUGAAGGAGACCAAGUACCUGUUCCGAGUGGGGAUGUGGGUCUGGGAAGCCGGUCUGCCCCCAGACACCAAGCCCCCCGCUACCACCCACUACAUGCUCCGGCUGGUGGGCAUGGGCAUCACCAGCAGGCUCUCUGCAAAGGAAAAGGAGCUGGAUUUCGGGAACCUGCUGGUGAACAGCAAGCAGUCCAGGUUGCUGGUGCUUCUGAACGACGGCAACUGCACCCUAUAUUAUCGCCUGUUCCUGGAGCAGUGUAGCCCUGAGGUCAUGGACGACAGCCCACUUGCUUUGCAAAUGGACCGUACAGAGGGCAGAAUGCCACCCCGGUCCCAGGACACCAUCUGUUUGUCGGCAUGUCCCAACCGCCGGUCCCAGUACUCCUGGAUUAUCAGCUACUCCCUCCUCUCACACAGAGAUAACAAGGCUGGGGAGAAGCAGGAGCUGUGUCACGUCUUCUUGACGGCUGUGUACCCCUUACUCUCCAUCCUGGACGUCUGCUCCAUGGGCAGCGCUGAGGGCAUCACCCGGAAGCACCUGUGGCGCCUCUUCUCCCUGGACAGGCUCAACAGUUACUUGGAGCGCGACCCUACCCCCGAGGAGCUCACCUAUAAGGUGCCUACCCGGCACAGCACAAGCCAGAUCCCCACCGUCUUCACCCCUCUGAAGCUCGACUUCAAUUUUGGAGCAGCACCGAUAGAGGCCCGGCCCUCUGUGGUGCUCCUGGCCCUGAAGAACAUUGGAGCAGUACCCCUGGACUGGGCGUUCCUCUUCCCAAGUGACCAGCAGAUUGACCUGGAGCUGUGGGCAGAGCAAGCAGAGUUUGACUGCACUGAGCUGCACCAAAUGCGUGUACAGGACAACUGCAUAUUCUCCAUCAGCCCCAAGGCUGGGAGCCUAGGUCCUGGGCAAGAGCAGAUGGUGGAGUUCAAAUACAGCCACCUGUUCAUCGGCACUGAUCGCCUCCCAGUGCUCUUCAAGGUGUCCUAUGGCCAUGAGAUCCUGCUAAAUUUCAUAGGUGUGACAGUGAAGCUGGAGCAAAAAUACGUGCACUUCACCUCCACUAGCCACCAGUUCAUCCCUGUCCCCAUCGACGACACACUGCCCCCAAGGCAGAUUUAUGAGCUGUAUAACGGUGGCUCAGUGCCUGUGACAUAUGAGAUCCAGACCAACAUCCUGUCACAGGUUCAGGAAAAGAAUUUUGAUCACCCUAUCUUCAGCUGCCUCAACCCCCAAGGGGAGAUCCAGCCAGGCUCAACGGCUCAGGUCCUGUGGAUCUUCUCACCGAUUGAGGCCAAGACCUACACAGUGGAUGUGCCCAUACAUAUCCUAGGAUGGAACUCAGCCAUCAUCCGCUUCCAGGGAGUGGGCUAUGACCCCCAUGUCAUGGGGGACACAGCCCCCUUCCACAACAUCUCCUCUUGGGACAACGACUCCAUACAUUCUAGGCUGAUGGUUCCUGGACAGAAGGUCUUCCUGUCCCGGUCUCAUAUCUCUCUGGGAAACAUUCCUGUGCAGAGCAAGUGCCGCCGCCUUCUGUUCCUCAACAACAUCUCUAAGAAUGAGACCAUUGUCUUUGAGUGGCAGCUGAAGCCUCUAGACUUUGGGGAGGUGUCUGUGAGUCCCAUGAGAGGGAAGGUGGCUCCUGAAGAGACAAUCCCAUUUGUGGUGACCCUGCAGACCUCAGUGCAUGCCAGCUUCUACAGCAUGGACCUAGUGUGCAAGGUGCACCAGCAGGAGCUCCUGAAUCAGUACCAUAAGGAGCUACAAGAGUGGAAGAGUGAGGAGGUGCGGCAGAAAGUGGAAUUCACCAUCACAGAUAAGAAAGUAAAGAGAAGGGCAUAUUGUACAGCCUGUGAACCUGUGAGGAAGUACAAGACGCUGCCCCCCAUCAAGAAUCAGCAGCCUCUCAACCGGCCUGCCAGCUGGAACCUUAAGAUCUCAAAGGAGGAGCCAUCCUGGCUGUGUCCCCAGCUGCCCUCGCCAGGCAUACUGUGCUUGGGCCUCACUGCCCGUGCACACGCCACCGACUACUUCCUGGCCAACUUCUUCUCCGACUUUCCCCGCCACUUCUUACACCGGGAGCUGCCAAAGAGAAAAUGCCCCAGUAAGGAGUUGGUGGCUUCUGAGGAAGAAUCCCCUGACAAGUGGGCCUCUGUCUCCAAGCAGGAGAAGCAACUCCUUGUUGACUGUCUCACCGCCAUCAUCAGGGGUCUGCUAGAAGACAAGAUCUUCCAUGAGGCUGUGGACCAAAACCUGGUGGAGAAGAUACCUUACUUCUGCCAGUUCUGGAGUGAGCAGUCAGCCAAGUUCAUGGCCCAAAACAACAGCCUACACUUAGCGCCAGUCCUGUCUCCAUCCUCCAGCAGCUGGGAGGAAGACAAAGGCAAGGAGCAGGAGGAGGACGAACUGAGCCUGGGGAAGAAAGAAAUGGAAGAAGAGGAGGAGAAGAGCAAAGAGGAGGAGGAGGAGCUGGAGGAGGAAGAAGAGGAACAAGAGGAGCUGGAAGAGGUGAAGGAGACAGGCAAGAAGGAGCUGGAGGCAGAGGAGCUGGAGAAGGAAGAGAAGUUGCCCUGGAUGGCAAUUGAGCCCACACGGCAGCGCAUGUCCCAGGAAUCCCUGAAAUGGCGGUGGCAGCAGCAGCUGAAGGUCAUAGUGAAGGAGGAGCAAGAGCAGGAUGAGAAGGAGGCAAUCAGCCGUCUCCCGGCGUUCGCCAACCUGCAGGAGGCGCUGCUGGAGAACAUGAUCCAGAACAUCCUGGUGGAGGCGAGCCGCGGGGAGGUGGUGCUCACCUCCCGGCCGCGCGUCAUCGCCCUGCCCCCGUUCAGCGUUUCCAGGAUUGUGACUCCAGACUUGCUGGCGGCGCCGCCCCUCGGGCUGCAUCAAGCAGAGGUGCCCCGCCCGGUGGCACCGCCCCCUACCAACACUCUGCAGAUGUCAGCGCCCCGCCCCACGGACUUGCUGCUUUAA